AAUGAGUAUUAUUCCUGCAUCAUUGUCAUUACUUUCAUGUCAUACGCUUGGACUGAUAUUAUAUUCUGUUUAUUAUCACUGUGAUCCAGUUUUAAAUAAAGAACAAACAGGAAUUAAAAGAUAUGAUCAAAUUAUUCCUGCAUUCAUUGUUAACAAAUUCAGUUCAAUACCUGGAAUGACGGGGAUUUGUAUUGCUGGUAUUUUUAGUGCUUCUUUGAGUACUAUAUCUUCUUGCCUUAAUUCAGCUUCAACUGUGACUGUUCUGGAUUUCAUCAAACCACUGUAUGAACGAAAGCGAGGAGUUAUAUCUGACAGGAAAGUUGUGUGGAUGGUAAAAAUACUGUCUGUUGUGUAUGGGGGAGCAAGUGUAGGACUGAGUUUUUGUUUUUUAGAAGUAAGAAGUCUUGUUCAACUUAUGAAUGUUUUUAUAUCUUCGUUGGAAGGUCCCGUUUUAGCUGUAUUUUUGACAGGAGUUUUAACAAGAAAAGGAGAUGAUAAGAGUGUAUCAGUUGCCCUAGUCGUAGGAUAUUCACUGAUGACAUGGUUGGGCUUCGGAGCCAUACAUUCAAAGUAUCUUGAACCAUCUUUACCUCUCACCACUGACAUGUGUCCUUUAGUAAAUGUUACAAACACUGAAAUGAACGGUACUAUCACCCUCUUGCAAACUCCUAAACUUACGACGGACACUUUUAUUUUGUACAAGAUAUCUUAUAUGUGGAUUUGCUUCAUUGGUUAUGUUUUGACUCAAAUUCUUAUUUGCUUCGCCAUCGUAGUGACAGGUUGGAAAAACAAUGUAAUUCCUGAGAAUUCAGUAUGCCUUAGUCCAGUGACUAGAUUUUGGAUGAAGAAGAAAUUUUUAAAUGAAAGUAAAGAAAUUAAAAAUGAAUUCGAGCAGGAAGAUAGCAUAGUUUUAUCUUCCAGACAGUGAAAAGUAAUCUCAUUAGUAUAACUUUAAAAAAAUGUUGAGAACAAGCACUAUGUAUUUUGCUACUGUUAAAACUGAAUUUUACAGUUUAUGAUUUAUAAUAUUUUUGAAACUUCCUAUUUAACACAAAACUUUAUCAACACCUUAGCAUUUGCAGUAAUUAAAAUAACUUGAUUCAAGUAGCUGAAGAGACAAUAAUACUAAUGCGCAAUGGCAAUAAGCUAGUUAAGUAUAAUUAUUUCCUCACAAAAUUAUGCCAAUAAAAUUUUGAAAUCAACAAUUUUUGAUAGAAAUUUAAGCAGUAAACAGUUAAUAGUUAUUAGAUUUUUGAUAAGUAUCGUUAUUUUCAUGCAAUUGAUGUUUGAGGAAAUUUUUAGCGUCAUCUAAAUCGCUUUUUUAAAAAUUUAAACUGCAAUGAGAUUUGAUUUCAAAAAUCAAAAAGCUGAGAAACGUGUGGAGUUAAAUUAUUUACUCAUAACCGCGAAUCACAUCAUUUUAAUGUUUGAGAGGCAAUUAAUGAAAGUUUUUAAAAUUAUGAAGUACUAAUUCUCCUAUUCUUAUAACUAAUAAAGCGACCCCGAUAUUUUCUACUUUUUUUUAAAUGUGCUGUCCAAUAACACUAUAUCGUCAAAAGUUUGUUUAAAGCAGAAAAAAAUAUCGAGAAAAUACAAAUAAAAAUAUGAAACUAGAAUUUAAAUUGCGAGGAGAGAGGCCACUUGUGACGAAGAAACACUGUCCUACCCCCAUGGGUAUCCAGAAAAAUGUGUAUAUUCAAAUAAAUGCUCAUUUAAAAAUGUUAUUUUGUUCAAAUAAAAUUUUCACAAAUUUAA